GCUAGUCUUUAAUUAAGGCGCUUCGCACGCGUUGUCGCCGUUGUUUUAGCUCCAUUUCAGCUGCUUUGGCUGCUUUAGUUGUUUAGUUGUUUUGGCCAUGUAGAUGAGGCUCUGCGAACGUGUUUACGAUCUUCUGGAGUUCGGGCUGUGUGAGUUUGAGCUGGGAUUUGGAUUUCGAAUUUGGUGAAAUCAAUGCGUAGAAAGUGAAUCGAGGCUUACGCAAAGUUGGGGGAAAAGUGAAAAGCUGCGGAAAACUUGGCUGACCAAAUAAUUAUAUUUGGACACACCUGCAUUCGACUGUUUGAAAUCGCGUGCUCCACCCGAAUUGCUUGCCCAGGAGCUGGAGCUGGAGCCAGAGCCACGCAUCACACCUGGGGAAGCGGCGGCCCACCUGCCGGUUUAGAUGCGUCUAAUCCAAACAGCAACCGGCGGUGCUGCUGCGACCGUUCUGCAGACCCACUCCCAGUCGCAGUACAACUACACCAGCAUGCGUGAAGAUGAUAUCGAGCUGGCCAUUAAAGUGGUCAUUGUCGGAAAUGGUGGCGUUGGCAAAUCCUCGAUGAUUCAGCGCUACUGCAAGGGCAUAUUCACCAAGGACUAUAAGAAGACGAUUGGCGUGGACUUCCUAGAGCGCCAGAUCGAAAUUGACGGCGAGGAUGUGCGCAUCAUGUUGUGGGACACCGCCGGCCAGGAGGAGUUCGACUGCAUCACAAAAGCCUACUAUAGAGGCGCCCAGGCUUCAGUGCUGGUCUUCUCGACGACGGACCGCGCGUCCUUUGAUGCGAUCAAGGAUUGGAAACGCAAGGUGGAAAACGAAUGCAACGAGAUACCCACAGUGAUUGUCCAGAACAAGAUUGAUCUUAUUGAGCAGGCAGUGGUUACCGCUGACGAAGUGGAAACGCUUGCCAAGCUGCUCAAUUGCCGGCUGAUUCGCACUUCCGUCAAGGAGGAUAUCAAUGUGGCGUCUGUGUUUCGCUACCUGGCCACCAAAUGCCAUCAGCUGAUGACCCAGAGCUACGACCAGGCCGCCGGAAACCAGCAAAACUCCAGUCAUCCGCCCUACAGCAGCACACCCACGAUUAGCGCAUUUAGUCCAACCUUCACGAAGUCCAGCAGCGGCACUAUUGUCCUCCGUCCAGCAAAGAAAGGUCAUGGUUCCAGCGUGGCUCGGAAGCGUAAAAUAGUGCUCAAGAAGUGCGGAAUAUUGUGAGGAGUUGUCGGAUUACCUAGAUGGAUGGCUGGGCAGAUUCGGCUGGCAAUUAAUAACUGGAGCAUAUUUAACGCUUAAUUAUUUUGAAGCCUAAUGAAGUCGUAGCCGGGUGGCCAGCCAACCGUUAGAUGCAACCACAGCCAUUCACUAGUCGUGCACAGACUCCGCGUGAUGUGGUUCAGACAUGCUUACAAAGCAGCAAAGAUAAUCGGAGGCAACAAAGUGGAUCUUCGGAGCAUACUACGAAUAGGAGAUACCCUUGCAGAGUCACAGAGAAACUGAUUUAACUAAAACUAAACAAAAUAUUUAUUAUUAUGUUUGAUCGCAGUCUUUUUCCAUAAUCAGCUCUUGGUCCUGAUCCGAUUUCUCAAACAAUUGUCUCAAUUUAAAUUUACUAAAAAUACAGCAACAAGGUCAUCUGAUUUUGAUUCCAUGUUCAAUAUUUCAAGUUUAAAUCAUUAUGUUCUCCCGAUCGAUCUAUCUUGAACAUUAAACAUACAAAAAAGAUAGGAUAGGAUCGUACCGUUGUAAGUAAUACAAGAAUAGUUUUAACAUGUUCUUAACUUUAAUUUGUAAUAUUUUAACAAGAAUCAAAAUACUCAUGAUUGAAAUAUGAACAUAAUACAGAUCCCAAGUACCUAACUGGCUCUACAAGUCAAAGACCAAAAUAAUACCACCCGAUCUGCAAGGGUAUAUAUGAAUUCUCAAAACCACAGACAAUAUGCACAAGCACUGGUAGUUUCUCAAAAAAUUGCCCCAAUUAGUUAUAGAUAUGAAAUCAAAUUUGUAUGUAUUAUGCCCACUUUUCUAUAACGGAGACUGAAGCAGCAUUGCCUUUAUAUCGGAUAUGUAUAUAAAAUGUUAGCAUGGGCAUAAGCUUGCCUAACCAAGCACCAUUAAAAGCCUAUUUAUCACGCUAACCCUGCCCAGAUAUCCAUGUGAAAUCCCUUCGCCAAUUUGCUUUGGCCAAAUGUGCAAUUAAUUAUUCAGCUUAUAUAAUUAUUAACUAAUUGCAAGUCAUGUCAAAGCGCAAUUUGACUCGAUCCUAUGUAGACCGAUGUUCACAUUCUAUGCAAAAAUCUGUAGUAACACGUUAAACAUUUAUGUAAGCCGAAUAUGAGAGUAUGAAUAAAUAAUCGUAAGCCUAUUAAUAUUAUUGUAUCUAUAAUUGUAAUGAUUCAUUAAAAUAUUCACCUAAUAAAUUAUUUUGUGUAAAUUAA